AUGAUCAGACUCUCCGACAGAGCACAUGGAAAAGAAGUUGACCCCAGUGAACCCUUUGUAAUCGAAAACCGCUUCGAACACCUUGAGGUCCUACCGACAACAAACGUGCCGACCCAGAUAUCAUUCCCGCCCCUCACCAUCAAUGCCCCGCCAAAGACAGACCUCUGGCGCAAGCCCCCACACAUUGACGUCGACAACAUCCCGACAAUUUUCCUCCCCAAGUCCAUCGACCUUAACAAAUUUCGCUCUGCCAACGUCACCGUCUCGGGCGAGUGGAAUACCUUAUACGACCAGGGUGGCCUCGUCCUCUACAUCUUCGGAGAGGGUCUGAAGAAGUGGGUCAAGACCGGUAUCGAGUUCGUCUUCGGGAAGCCGUUCGUUGGAACCGUCGCGACGGCGCGGGCAUCCGAUUGGAGUUUGGUUCCUCUCUCUGAGAGUGCGGGCGGAAAAGUCACGGUGCACGUGGAGAGGGAGACGAAGGACGAUGAACGCCUCGAGAGCCUUUGGGUGUAUGUCAUUGGUGAGAAUGGGGAGACGCUUGGGGUCAGGGAGGUGACGUGGGUGUUUGGCCCCGACGUGAUAGAUUGCGAUAACCCUACGUCGGAAGAGAGGACGAUGUUGGUGGGCGUCUAUGGAGCUAGGCCGACCGUGCCCGAGGGCGAGGGGAGGGAGAACGAGGAGCUCGUUGUGAAGUUAGACGGUUUCAAAGUUGCAUUGUUUGAUGACUAA